GGAGGACGGCGGUGGCGGUAUCCUGGUCGUUGUGGAAGAAGCGGAUUUCCAGGUAAAAGUGCGAGUCCGAGGGACGGCUUCCGCCGCUGUGAGACAUCAGCCGCGCGGUGAGCGGCUGCACGUCCCAACCGCCGGCCCGAAGAAGCCGCCGCGAGGAGAGGAGAGCGGAGCGGAGCGGCUGCCGGGGGGGGCGCGGCGCGGCGCCCGGUAUCCCUGGGAACAGGUUUGCAACAGAAAUACUUUGCAAUGGACAGCCAUCAGAGUGAGAUGUUUAAUCGUCACGUUCUCAGUGAGGACAAGUCGGUGGUGAGCCAGAUGCAAAAGAAGUACUGGAAGACGAAGCAGGUCCUCAUCAAAGCAACAGGCAAGAAAGAAGAUGAGCACGUUGUGGCAUCAGAUGCAGAUCUGGACGCAAAACUGGAGAUUUUCCGUGCAAUCCAGACAUCAUGUAUGGAGCUCCUGAAAGUGAUUGAGAUUUACCAGCACCGAUUGUACACCCUGUCCCUGGAGGAGAAUGAGCUGGGCAUGUUCUUGAAAUCUCAGAGUGAGCAGGAUAAGACCACAGCAGGGAAGAUGAUGAAUGUUACCAGCAAGGCCCUGUGUGGCUCAGCAAAGCAAAGACUCUCCCUGCGUGUCCCACUGUCCCGGCUCGAACAGGAGGUGGAAACAUUCCGCCGCCGAGCAGUCUCGGACACUCUGCUGACCAUGAACCGGAUGGAGCAGUCCCGCACGGAGUACAGGGGGGCACUUCUCUGGAUGAAGGAUGUCUCUCAAGAGCUGGAUCCUGACACAUACAAGCAGAUGGAGAAAUUCAGGAAGGUGCAGGUGCAGGUACGGAAUACCAAGGCUCAGUUUGAUAAGCUGAAGAAUGACGUUUGUCAGAAGGUGGACUUGCUCGGAGCCAGUCGCUGCAAUAUGCUGUCCCAGUCACUUGUCACUUACCAGAAUACACUUCUUCAGUUCUGGGAGAAGACGGCCAAUGCAAUGUCCCAAAUUCAUGAGAGUUUCAAGGGCUAUCAGCCGUAUAACUUCACCACGCUGAAGAGCUUACAGGAUCAAGUGAAGCACCUGACCGAGGACGAAGCUACCAAGGAAGAAACAAAAGAGAAAGAUGGCAUAAGCAACGACAUAGACAAGCUCUUGCUACUAGAUGAAGAAGAUCAAGUGGAGCCUGGAAUCAAUGCAGUGCCUAAGGACUUGCUGGGCGAUACAUUACAAAGUGAUGACCUGGAGAAGAGUGAGCUGACAUUCUUAAAUGACCUGCUGAAUCCUAACCUAGGUGGCCUGGAUGAUUUCAGCCGGGAGUGGCAGAAUGUGUUUGAGAGCUCAGGGCCUCAGCCGGUGUCUGUAGCUGAAGCAGUGGGACCAAACCAGGCUGACCCAACAAGUGGCUUCCUGCCAUCCCAGCUCUUCGAACUCAGCCACGACACAGGGGGAGCUUUCAUUGGUUGGACUGAUCCGCCCACACUGCAGCCAGAGUCCAUGUUGCCACCAGAGCCAACAACUCCAUCGGUGCCUCUCCAGAACCUACCAAAGAUCCCACCCAGAGCCACAAAGGGCAAUGCAAGGGACAAGUCUGCCUGGUUCAGUUUGUUUGCUGAUCUCGACCCCCUCUCUAAUCCAGAUGCCAUCGGUCGAGCAGAUGAAGAGCUCCUCAAUGCCUGAGGGGGAAUAAAUUAUAUGAUGAGCUUGUUACACACUACUACAUCUAUCAAUACUGCACUAAUUGUGAAAUAUACUUACCAAAACACUAGGUUAUCAACUGGAAGAAUGAGAAUCAAAGGGCCUUUUGAAUAUAAAACGGGGGGUGGGGGGAGGAAAAUACAAUCAAAUGUUACAAACAGUGCCUCUGGAAUGUGGCACCAGCUUGUCUUUGACUUCCCAAAUUGCAACCAUCUUUCCUGGAUGUUGCACACAGUACUUGUUGACUUCAGGAAUGGCUGUAAGGUUCCAAUCUAAAACCUGAGUAGUUACACAGCGCAUUUUAAUGUGCUGACUGCUGAUUCCAGGGUGAAAAUGAAGUCCGUUCCCUGUGUGCUCAAUCGUUUACAAGCGAGUGCCUCUAUUUAACACUAAGUUCUCCAGGCAGCACUCAUAGAACUUGCACAGGGAGCAGAGGUGAUGUCCAGAAUAGAUAGAUAGCAUUAAGUUCACCUGUAGCAUAUGUGUAUGGGGGAAGAGUUACACACUCACCAGUAAUGUGUGUCUAACAUAUACAAUGUUUGGGGAGAGGGGAAAAAUAAAUUUCAUAAGCAAAAAUUUGGGGUGUGUUGAAGCAAAAUGUGAAGGGGAAGAGACAGGUAUAUCUUUAAAUGUGCAACUACUGUAUUCAAAUAGAAGUCUAGGAUCCAUCUCCAAGUUUAAAUAUUUGCCUUUCACUGUUAUACUACUUGCAACUGAAGUAGUAAAGUUCAUGUUUGUUUUAAUUAAUUAAUAUCCAAACAUAGACAAUGUUACAGAUUGCUAUGUUAAUGUGUCUUCUGUCACCAACUGACCAGUUACAAUGAGGACUUACCCAUCAACAGUAUGUUUGUUGUCCUUUGAGAUGCUUGAAGAUCAUAUCCAGACUUCAAGACAUUGUACCAUCAGCAACACAAAUGAUUUUCAGUAACCUCAGUCUAUUAAAUGUGUCACAGAAACAGGGCCCAGCAACCCAUGAAUUGUCUCAAAACCAAUGGGCACCAGAAUGUUACUUUCUCAUUUUUGAUGUAGUGCAUUAUCCUCUGGAAGGGGAGGUUUCUUUGAUUGAACUGAACUUGUGGGGGCAGGAGUGUCCUCCCAAUAUCCCAUUUCUGAAGGGAGUGAUGGGAUCUGUGGAACACCCGCAGCCCUUCUGCUCCCUUCCUUACUGUUACACUGUAAGUGUCAGAGAGCAUUUCUGCCAAGUUCAUUCCCACACACGCACUUUCCAGCAGCAGGUCAAUGAGGAGCAAGUUAAGAAUUUGCCCUCCCAAGCCCAGGAGGUGUUGAGAUUAACCAAAUUAGGUAAUGCAAAAGAUUUGUUCAGUUCUGGACAAUGUAAUGACAUCAAGAUUGGCUCAUUUGUCCUUCGUCAAAAUUAACGUGUUUCUUUUUUGAUCCAUUGAAAAAAACACUAACAUUAACCAGAACUACAAUAGUGUUUUUAAUGCAAUUUAAAUUUUGUCACACUACAAAAAUAAUCGCUCACCUUUGGGUUAAGCGGUCCUCAUUCAUCUGCCAGUCUGUUGACCCCCUAAUGGGAGAGAAACAUUUCAGCAGCUGCCAACAGUGUACCAAUUCAUAGUUUAUUUCUGUUGGCAACACCAUGUCUAUUGUGUAAAUAGGGGAGAGCAGAGUUGUGUUUUACAAUGAAUACUCGGUAGCUGUGAACUCACAAAUGAAGAAAUAAUUCUUACUUUGUAAUUUAAAUGCAUACAGUGUGUAAAAAAAAAUGCAAGUCUUGGCCCAGGAAUGGAUUAAUGUUUGUAUUUUGUAUUGAAGGGUUGUCUGGAAACAUUGCCUCUUUCUUCUAUUAAAAGUCAGCAAUUCUCUAAUGUAAAA